AUGCCGCUUGCUGAUGCCGAGGCGUGGCUUGCUAGCAGACAGCAACUGACUGCAUAUAUAUACACUUUAGCAAGGAUGUCUCUGAGUGGAUUGGAAGAUUUCAGGUGGUCUUGCCAGCAAAGUCAUGGUGGUGACUGUUGUGAAGUAACAAUUAGAUCCACCAAGGUUGGUUACUUGAUGUACCUAGGCAAUAGUAAUGCAUGCCAAUCUUCAACAGUGACGCUAAUGGGCAGCAUUCUGGCUGCUUUCAAGAGAAUGACCUAUGCAGCAGCCAACCCACAUAAGGAUGAGGGUAACUCACAAGUAUCUAUCAAAGAGGUGCUAUAUAUGCGUUUAGUUAACAAGUUGAGGGACAACUUUGCACCAGCUACAGAGACACUCUAUCCUUUGAGUUUUGAAGCAGCUUUUGACCAGAGGUACCAAAGCAGGGAGCAAAGAAUAAUUACGGUAGAGCAUAAGGAUGGUCAUGGCAAAGCAUAUGGGCAAGACAGGGACGGCAGGGAUGGUGUGUGUAUGCCUGCUUAG